CAAACAUAGCGACCACCACCACACCACCCCCUAUUUUGUUUUCUUCAUUCAUCCCUUUCAACUUCCUUCUUCCCCCACUCUCACUUUACAAACCUUUCCUUCUCUCUCUAUACAUUUAUAUCUAUCUAUGACUCUAUGUACCUUACUAUCUGAAACCUGAAUAUCUUUCUUAUUUACUUUAUAUAUACAUAUAUAUUUCUUAAUAUAAAUAAAAAAGAAGGGUAACAUCGUCACUUCAUAUUCUUUUCCUUACAAACAUGGCGCACCGCCCCACUCAGCGGCGGAAUCCGGCGGCGCCUCUACAAUACAAUCCCUCAUCAUCCACCGUUACCGCUCCGGCAAAGGCAAAGCACACCACCACCGCCACCGCCGGCUCCGCCGCCGUCCCCUUUCCGUACCCGAAACCAAAUCCAGAUCUCAUAGCACAACUAUCUAGACCUAAUAACCAUUCUUCUUUCAUGGCGAAACAGUUCUCAAGCCUAAACUUGGGUCCAAACACUCACAAAACCAAACAACACGCUCUCUCACACGCAAAAUCCAUGACAUCAUCUUGCAUAGUUGAUUCCUCCUCCAAGCUAUCGCUUCUCAAACCGAACACCGCCUCCAGUAACAAUAAACUUGCACCGAAGGUUGAAAAAGAGGGUGCUAAGAGAAGUUCAUUGGAGAAGAAGCCACAGAAAUCGAAACUUCACGGUUUGUUGGCGAUGAAGAACGAGAACGAGAAGAGAAAGAAGAAGAGUUCUGUGGUUGAAAAGUCAAAGAAUCCUGUAGAAGAAGAAGAAGAAGAAGGACACGGUGAUGGUGAUAAGAGAAGAAGCUGCGUGGUUUCUUCGGUGAGUAGCGGAAGAAGGAGGUCCAUGUGUGGACCCUCAGAAGCUGAAUUAGGAGAUGUAUUUGCGAUCAACGGUGUAAAAUUGGUGUCAGCUGAUAUGCCACCGUUCAUGCAGAUCCACGCCGUUGAUUGUGCCAGAAAGACUCUUGAUAGCAUGGAAAAGUUCACAUCCAAGACCCUAGCACUCUCCCUCAAAAAGGAAUUUGAUGGGGUGUAUGGGCCAGCAUGGCACUGUAUAGUGGGGACUAGUUUUGGGUCAUAUGUAACACAUUCAGUUGGAGGGUUCCUAUAUUUCUCAAUGGAUCAGAAAUUGUACAUCCUCUUGUUUAAGACCGCUGUUCAAAAGGUUAACUGAAAGAAGCUGCAACACACAGAAGAAUUUUUGCUGAUGCAAUGCAACAUCUUCUUGGAAAGGAAAAAAGGUUAGAUAGAGUAGCAGGAUUCUCUUUUUGUACAUUGCUUUUUCUUCAAAGAUAUAUCAUAGAUUAUUACUCUCAUGUCUUGUUUCUGUCUAAUUCUGAUGAGGCCUGAAAAUGUUAAUGAAUUCAUUGUGCGUAACUAAUUAAUGUGGUUGAUAGGAGAAAUCAAUUUUACAAUUACUUGCAUAGUGCCACAACCAAACUGUUGUAUAUCUAUCUAGUUGAAUUUUUUAAAAACGAAAUCAAAUUUGAUUGCAUAUUUCUCUUCAUCCUUUCUUCAUUUUUCAUUCAAAUGUUUAUGUUUGUGUUGAGCACUUGAGCAUAUUAUUGUUUAGUGAGUCAUAGGGGAACACGUGAUGUUGACUAAUCACGUUGAAUACUUGAGUUGGUCGGCCCCAAUUUUUGCUAGGGAGAAAUUAUCACCUUCAUAAAUCAAACAUUAAUAAUUAAACACGAAUGUUAAAAGAGAAAAUUAGCACCUCAUAGAUAACGAUUUGGCCAAUCAGAAAAGGAUUGGUGUGUGGGAGGAAUAUAAUAUUGCAAUUUAUUAAUUUCCUAGUGAUGAAAGGUCGUAUGGGGUGUGAUCAUUUUUGUCUAGUUAGUAAUCUUCUUACGUCUCUCUCACACACACUCCUUCAAUGCAAAAAUCAUGAAAUUUUCAAAUGGAUUUGGGGUCCAUCCAUAUGCCACAUAUCUAGAAUUUAUUGAGGUUGUAACAGAACAGAAAUAACCACUUUAAUAAAUAAGCACUCUACCUUACCCCCCUCCCCCCAUUUCUGGUGAAAACCAUACUCCCCAUUUUAAAGUAUAGUGAAAUAUUAUUAAAAUGAAAAAAAAAUGUUCCCAAAACAUUUGUUAACAUUCAAAUAAAAUAAAAGGCAGGAAUAUAGUGAAUGCAAGAACAGAACAAUUGAAAAUUCCAUCACGGAUCCGGAUAACUAGGAACAUGUUGCAACAGUGGGGUUUGGCACUCGUUUUCCACUUCAUUUAGUAAUUAAUUAAUUGAUGUCUCAAAAGCGAAAUCUGUAAAGGCAUACGUAACAAGGAAUAUUUUAUAUGAUUUAGCUAACAUGUA